UUUUAGUAAAGUGCACGCGCGUGCUUUCUCACUUAGUUGUUUACAUUCCUGGUUAUUUCUACAUAACUACAUAACCGUUUUUACACAAGAAAUACAUUUAACCGAAGGCUGCAGUAGGCCAGGCAUGAGCAGCCAACACCUGGAUGAGUGGCAAAGGAGGUCCUUUGACAUUUUGUCUGGCUCCCGUACACCUGAACAGACGGCUGAUGCUUAUCGGGCACACAUCCUCUCCAUUCAGCAUGCAUGGGCAAAUGCUGAGAUCUCUCCGCCCGGAGCUGCCAGCCUGCUCAGGACCUACUCUGAGCGCUACGCCACAGUCCUGGACUCGGAUGACCCACGCACAGGACUAAACAACUAUGCAGAAAGUGCCCUACAUCUGGCCCGCAAUCAAAAGAACCAUAGCGACAAAUGGGAGUCGUCCCUUACAAUCGAGAACGUGUUGAACCUGCCAUGUGUGCAAAAGAUGAUGCAGGCUGGGUCAGGGGAUGGCUUAUUCCCUGUAGAUCCAGCAGAUGUUAACAUCACUGUCGGUGGUGUGGUCAGUGGAGGUGUGGAGAAAGGCUUUGGUCUUUCUUGUCCUUCCUUUGAAAAACGAGAUGACACGGCUCACAGGUCUGCUGUGCCAAGAGCUGAGAUGGCAAGGGGAGUGAGUAACCCACUUAACAGUGUUGCACAGUGGGACAGGGGUUGUGAAGAAGCCCCUCCUCAAAAUGCUCCAACAGCAUUUACACCAAUCUUCAGCCACAAAGAUUUUAAUUCCACAGGCAAUGCAAGUUGUCUUCCCCAAUCUAAUGUAGGUUACACAAGUGGGACUAAUGUGCAUAAUCAGCCUGUGUUCUUUUCCUCUUCGAACCCCUCCAAGAGGAAGAACUUCUACGGCUCAGGAACUGAAAGCAACAGAAGCGCAUUCCCAUCACAAGUGGAGUGGGAACCGCGAGGUGGGGGACGGAGAGGAGAGGAAGGAGUCGGCACUAACUUUAGAUCGGCACGAGAGCAACUUAUUGUUGACCAGCAAAAAAAGAAUUCCCAUCAGGGUCAGCGCUCCACGGUCACUAACGUUGCUACAACCACAAAAAAAUCUCUAGGGGCAAAUCGGCCUCGUGGAGCCUGCUCCAAAUUUGUUUCUCCCAUGCCGAAACAGGACGAGGAGACUACCUCGAAGGACAAAACAUCAGAAGACAUGCAACCUGUUGAUGAGCGACUGAAAAACUUUGAGCCCAAGAUUAUAGAACUUAUCAUGAGUGAGAUUAUGGACCACGGCCCCCCGGUGGCUUGGGAUGAUAUUGCUGGACUGGAGUUUGCCAAAGCCACGAUCCAAGAGAUUGUAGUUUGGCCCAUGCUGAGGCCUGAUAUCUUCACUGGCCUAAGAGGGCCUCCAAAGGGCAUCCUUCUAUUUGGUCCACCAGGCACAGGUAAAACCCUCAUAGGUAAGUGCAUAGCAUGCCAGUCUGGAGCCACUUUCUUUAGCAUCAGCGCUUCGUCCCUCACUUCAAAGUGGGUCGGGGAAGGGGAGAAAAUGGUACGGGCGCUCUUUGCCAUCGCUCGGUGUCACCAGCCUGCUGUUAUCUUUAUCGAUGAGAUCGAUUCCCUUCUCUCCCAGCGUACAGAUGGAGAACACGACUCAUCCCGUCGGAUUAAAACUGAGUUUCUUGUCCAGCUGGAUGGAGCUGCCACCUCUGCCGAAGAUCGAAUCCUUGUGGUGGGGGCCACCAACCGACCCCAGGAGAUUGAUGAAGCGGCUCGACGUCGCCUGGCCAAGCGACUCUACAUCCCUCUCCCAGAGGCUGAGGCUCGCCGGCAGAUAGUGACUAACCUCAUGUCUCGUGAGAAAAGCCAGCUUUUAGGGGAUGAGAUGGAGAAAGUGGUGCUGGGCACUGAGGGGUUCUCGGGGGCCGAUAUGACACAGCUGUGUCGUGAGGCAGCACUCGGUCCCAUCCGAAGCAUUCGUCUUAGUGACAUUGCUACCAUCGCAGCCGAACAAGUGAGGCCUAUACUGUACUGUGACUUUCAGGAGGCUCUUAAAACAGUUCGGCCUAGUGUCUCUACUAAAGACCUUGAGCUUUAUGAGGAGUGGAAUAAGACUUUUGGCUGCGGCCGCUGAACAAAUGUUUGAUUGACAGUGAAUUGUCUGACGCUGUUAUAUUUGAUAAAAAUGCAGUUUUGUAAAUAAAUGUUUGUUUUGUAAAAAAAUUUUAUAAUAAAAAACACCAUAUCACAAUGUUGCUGUUUUGU